CAACGUGAGGGUGGGAGUCAGAUUAAUUGUGGCCCGUUUCCUCUUUGGUUUGUUGCGUGCUUAAGUUAUGCUUCAUUUUUUCGUCAACUACAUAGCGCGAAAGUUGUUGAGGUUUUAGUGCAUUUUCCGAGAAAAUUUUAAAAAUAACAAUGACAACAUUAAACAUUUAUUGUGUUGCUGCAAUUCUAGCAGUCUUGGCAUUUGUCGAAAAUGGGGAGAGUCUUCGGUGCUGGUCCUGUUCGUCAGAUACCGGAAAUCUAUGCGCAGAUUACUUCAAUUCAACCCAAUUUUCACGUCUCAGUAGCUUCUACUCCAACAAUCAAAACUACCAGAACUAUCCUGUGUUACAAACUUGCGAAACCCAAGGAUCCACUUAUCCUUACAACCAAAACGGAAGGGCGGUUUGCAUGAAGAAAAAACAAACCAACUACGGCAGGACGAGUUACAUUCGCCAGUGUCAUUUCCUGCAACCUGGGGAGCAAGUUGGAAAAUGCGCCCAAGAAACUACCCCCCGAGACGUUACUAUCGAUUUCUGUGAACUUUGCGACGUAGAUGGUUGUAAUGGAGCCACAAGUAUAAAAACAACCAUGUUUUGGAUCGCACUUCUGCCUUUAAUGGGAGCAUUAAUGUUAACUAAAUAAAAACAACAAUAAUAAUUUGCACUAGACAGUUACCAUCCCAUUACAAAACAAUAAAGUACCUUAUUAUGAAUAAACAAAUAUUUAAUAACACAUAGAAAUAGUUAAAGAUUCCUUUAAUGUAUUUGUCUAGUCCUAAAAAAAACAGUAUUUUUGAAUUUUGUUUGUGCAGAAUGCAUUUAUGUGUUGCACUUUUUGGUAAAAAACAAUACGUUUUGUUAGUUUUACAUUUAUUUGACUCUCAAAUAACAAAUACAAAUAUAGUUAUAGGUGUUUUUAUUUUCAGUUACAACGAAGUAAAUUUCACAAAAAUGUGUUUCCUUAUUCUUCUAUUGUUAAAGCUUUAUACGUUACUUUUUACCAUUUUUUUUGUUUGUAAAUAUGUUAUAGGUAGAUAUGUUUUAAAGUUAAGAAUAUAGACAAUACUGAAUAUCUUUU